UCAGAUCUCGAUUGUUCUCCUUUCUUGAUAUGGCCAGCGGAUUCUGACAAGUCGAGAGAUGACUUAUCGGACUUGAUCUUUGUUUUAGAACUUUAUCUGAAUGAUAUUUAUUCAAGGAAAAUAGUGCAAGCAUUUGACAUGCAUGUAAGAGAUAGCAUAUGA